ACUUCAAAUACCGAACCGUCGAACCCUAGGAAACUUUCUCGCCAAUUUUCGUCCACUUUCCCUCAUGAAAUGGGAAAUGGAGAUCGAAGAAAUCGAGGCAAUUCUCGAGAAAAUUUGGGACCUGCACGACAAACUAAGCGACGCAAUCCACUCAAUUUCCCGAUUUCAUUUUCUCAAUUCCAUCAAAUCCCUUAGAAAAUCCGACAAAAGUAAACCCCUCAACGACGUCGAUGAGAAUCGGUUUGGUUUCGUAUACGCCAAGGAUUUUAGGGUCGAAGACGAUGACUUGGCGAUUCAAGAGGCUAAGAGUCUCAAUGCCAUCAGAACCGCUCUCGAGAACCUCGAAGACCAGCUCGAGUUCUUCCACACUGUACAGGUACAUCAACAAGCAGAGAGGGAUGCUGCAAUUGCACGACUAGAACAAAGUCGGAUUGUUCUUGCAAUUAGGUUGUCUGAACACCAUGGCAAGAAGUACAAAGUCAUUGAAGAAGCUAUGGCAUUUGUGGGAGAUGUUCGUGAUGCAGGUCCCUUUGUUUUACCUGAUAAUCUUUUUGGUCCUCCAGUAAGUCCCCCUGGGAAGAACGUUGCACCCCAUGAAGAGAAGAGGUCAAAUUUUCUCAUCAAAGUUCUCAUUUCUUGUUUCAAUUUCGGGAAGAAAUCACUUAAAUUGGAUCAUAUGGGUGGGAUCCUUGGUAAUGCUGCUCUAGUCGCUGUUAGCAUGCUUGCACUGCUACAUCUGAACCAAGUAACUUACAAGGACAAAAUUGUAUUAGAACCUCCACAGAAGCGAGAAGAUAAUAUCUACAGAAAUCGAAAUGUGAAGAGAACUUCUCGGGUUGAGAGUUCUUCUUUAAGUAGUGAACUGAACCAGUUGGAUGUGUUAUAUGCCAGGGGCUAAGGUGAAAACUUGAACUCUUUAGCAAAAUUGUUAAUUGAUAGGAGGCUGUGUUGUUGUUAUCAUUCAGAAAAUCUUUAUUCUCUUUCUAAUUUGUACCACGAAGCCUUUGAGAUA